CAUUCACAAAGGAUCAUCCAGUGUUGUUCCCUGAUGGUUUAGUCUGUUUUGGGAAAACGCUGAUUUGUACAGAAUGAGCUCCAAUAUAACUCUUCUCCUCCACACCCACUCUGAGCUCUCAAACACUACAGCGGACAUUGAGGCCAUUAUGAAUAAGGUUAGUAUUGUCUUCCUCAACGUCAUUGUUCUCCUUGGCACCACCGGGAACUCUGUGGUCAUCUGGGUGGCCGGCUUCCUCAUGAAGCCCAAUGUCACUAACGUAUGGCUGGUCAAUCUUGCCGUAGCGGACCUAAUCUUCUGCCUGACACGAGUCAUAUCACUCAUCUCAAGUCUUUUCUUUAACCAUUGGUCUUUCGGAGUUUUUCUCUGCAAGUUCAAUGGUUUCUUCAAGUAUGCCAACAUGUUCUGCAGUGUUUUUCUUCUGGCCGUCAUCAGUGGGGAUCGAGCGCUCUGCGUCUGGUGUCCAGUGUUCACCAGAGAACGACGGACGUUAUGUGCUGCUCGAGUGGUCAGUGUGGGAGUUUGGAUCGUGGCGGUGAUCUUUAGUUCACCUUACUUUGUUUACCGACAAGUCUACCUUGGCAAGAACAACUUGAGCCAAUGCUCGCUGGAGCACAAAGCAGCAGAAUCAGGAGACAAUUCAGCAAAGUAUGUCUACUACUGCAUUCGUUUCAUCUGUGGAUUCUUGUUGCCUUUCCUGGUCAUCCUUAUCUGUUACAUACUAGCUGCUGUUGGGAUACGCAGAACGCGGCUCUCUGGAAAAUCGAGGCCUCUUCGGAUUCUUGCUGUAUUGGUCUGUGCCUUUUUCUUAUGUUGGGCUCCAUACCACUUUCUAGGGCUGGUCAAGUUGGUGAAUGAAGACAACGUAGCAGUAAAAGUGGGAUGGAGUAUGUCUUCAAACUUAGCCUAUUUCAACAGCUGCAUUAACCCGGUUCUGUAUUUCUGCAUGGGACUGGAUGUUAGUCGACGCUGCAACCAAAGCCUGUCUGGGAUUUUUCAUAGAGCGCUUAUGGAGGAAGGCCAAAGUCUCUCACAGCAAGGCAAUGGGGAAGAAAGCUCUAAUCCAAAGACUGCAGAUACUAAAUUUGUCACUAAAGUUUAA